AUGAACUCGUGUGUGGUGGUUUCCUGCCUCUUGGCGUUCGUUGCAGCAGCGUUCGCCAAACCGCAUGGACUCGGUCACAUAUCAGUGCAGUCCGUCGGGAGUAUUCCAAACCCAAACUACCACUUCAAUUACGCUGUCAACGACCCAUCCACGGGCGACAACAAGGGUCAGUGGGAAGAGCGUCACGGUGACCAGGUGCGAGGAGCUUACUCACUAGUGGAGCCAGACGGAAUCGUGCGCACCGUGGAGUACACAGCCGAUCCCCUCCGAGGUUUCAACGCUGUAGUCAAGAAAUCCGGUCCGAACAUCAACUCGGUGGCGAUAGCUGCACCGGCAGCGGCUGUAGUCGAAACCCCCGCUAUUGUAGCUCCAGCACCAGUCGUUGAGCACGUGGAAGCAGUAGCUCCAAUAGCAGAAGUCUCGCACGUCGACACCGGAAUACUAGCUCACGCGCCGAUAUUGGACCACGGGCCAAUUGUUGCGCCAGCGCCAAUAUUGGACCACGGGCCAAUUGUUGCGCCAGCGCCAAUAUUGAACCACGGGCCAAUUAUUGCGCCUGCGCCGAUCAUAGCACCAGCUCCACUUCUCAACCACGGACCUAUUGCUCCUCUGAACCCACACCUUGGACCAUUGAUCACUCCAGUACAUCAUUUGGACUAUCUACUCCCAGCCCCGGCACCUUUGAUUUCCGUAACUGGCACCACUUACAAUAGACAUGGACACGUCGCCCAGCGCUGGACAGCCGGGCCAAUCACACACGGUCAAAGCCUUACCAUCAGGACGAGGCAUUAG